AUGUCUGAGAAGUCUGCUCCCGGCGGCAAGUGGGCCAAUCCGGCCCUCCUCGAGGCUCUGGCUAUGGGAUUCCAUACCGUUGCCAAGGGUGAAGGCCUUACGAAGGAAGCCAAGGACGCCGUCAUCCUGAAGAUCCAUGCAUAUGGCUUCACGGAUAUCACCUGGGAAGCUGUCCGGUCACUUUGGAAUAUGUCUCGCUCAAUGAUUCGGUGGACGGCUGAGAUCGACCAGCAGAUCCUGGUCGCUAUGGUCAAGACGAUGGUUCCAUCCACUGAUCAGUACUCACUCGUCAUUGACGAGCUUCAUGCCCUGGGUCACACAAUGACCGUUUCUGCCUUGAAGCAGCAUAUCCAGAAGCUCCAGCGCAAGGAGCUUCCCGCCGGCGACGGCGGUGAGGGCGAGGCAUCUGCCUCCGCCACUCCCAAGAAGGCUGGCAAGAAGGCUGCUACCCCCAAGAAGUCCGGUACCCCCGCUACCCCCAGAAAGCGCAAGACUCCCGCCAAGUCCAAGGCCAAGGUCGAGGAGGCGGAUGAGGAGGACGAGGAAGACGAGCAGGAGGCUCCUCCCCCCAAGAAGCCGUGCACUCCUUCCCGCCCCAGUAUGAAGGACGAAGUCCACGAGGACACCAAGACCACCGGCGCCAAGUUCGUCCCCGUCAACGAGGAGAUCUAG